AUGUCUGGAGGGUGCUACAGAGAGUGUGUGAAGGUGGUGGUAAUCAACACUCAAUACAUAGAGACAGACGCCCGGAGCUUCAAAUCAGUGGUUCAGAGCCUCACCGGCAAGGAUUCUCCGGCGGAGUCCACUGUGGCGCCGCCGGGUCUCAACGGUAGUGGUGGUGGUGAAGGAACGGCGGAGAUUAGUUCGACUUUGUCGAGGGGUCUGUCGUUUAAGGAUUUUGAGAAUUUGUUCAUGAAUUUGCCUCCCUUGGAAGAGCUUUAUCAAGCUUUAUACUGA